CAGCCGCGCGGCUGCGCCGCUCCCAUCCAGCAACGCUGCCUGACACGUGAUCACGAGACUGGAGAGGCGUUCGCGCGCUGGAGAACGCGGUCGCAGCAGACGACGCCGUCCUUCGCUGACACGCCUCGUCUCUACCAUCAUACGGACAACGCCACCGUUACAAAAGUUUGAUAACAGUGCGGCGAGGUGUGCCGCAAAUGGGGCUUUCGUCCCGGUGAUUGUCGCUGCGGUUCCGCUAUCGCUGCUGAAAGCAAAAGAGUAAGAGAGAAAGCGGCCCAGCAGGACAAGCGCGCGCGGGCAGCCAUCCAAUUCCGCGCCUGGAGAGCCCGCAAGUCGGAGUGAGUGCGUCGGCGUUGAACGGCAUGCGGAGAAGUGCGCGGCGAUCUUGCUCUUUCGCCAGAGAGCAUUCAGUCGGUCUCUCUUAAGUGACGUCGUGCUUGCUGCUCCUUCUGCUGCUGUUUUCCAUGUAGCGCAGCGCCGCAGCCACCACCGUAGCAGCAACAGUGUGAUUCUGCCGUCCGCGUGUUCUCCGUUUAUCGCGCGGGUUCGCGGAGGCAGCGCUCCGCGCGCGAGCACCAGCAAGAAGAACCAUGUGCACCGCACAAGUACGUGACGCUGGUGCCGUCGACGCCGACGACGCCAGCCGGCUGUGCGGCGUGGGCCGUUUCAGGCCGCGGGCGCUUCAGGUGUUCGCGCGUCCGCAGCUGUUCACGUUGUUGUACAGUGCCGUCAGCAUCCUGCAAAGUGCGCACUUCUACUACUUCUUCGCCAUCAUGUCGACGCUGCAGCGACGGUACGGCCUCUCCAGCUGGUCGAUCACGGUGAUCCUCUUUGCCGACAGCGCGAGCCCUUUCUUUGUGAGCUUCUUGGUGGGACACUACUCGCGCACCGUGUCCAAGCCGCUGCUCAUCUUCGGUGCCAUCGUGGCCCUCGUUGUCAGUUGCGCGGUUAGUGCUCUGCCAUUCUUCCUGUACGGGCCUGGGCUCGCCUUGGGUGUCGUCGACGCUGCCUCUCGAGACGCCCUGGACACCUGCCAGGCGGCAGACGCCGUGCAGCCGCUCCCGCAGCCCGGUUGCGAGGGCCGCGGCAUGCCGGAGUCCGUCGUCGUGACGGCCGUGCUGUUCGCGGCCAACUGCUUCUACGGCUCCGCGUACAGCGUGCUGUUCAUCUCUGGGAGCACGUACGUGGAUGACAGCGUGAAGAAGAAAAACUCUCCUUUGCAUUUCGCCACUGUUGCCAUACUGAAGCUGGCCGGACCGACGCUUGGCUACGCACUGGGCUCCCUGUGCUUGCGCUACUACGAGGACCCUCGAUUGGACCCGGUGCUAGAGCGGACCGAUCCCCGCUGGGUUGGUGCCUGGUGGAUGGGAUACGUGGUGCUGGGUGUUUGUCUGGCGGCCACCGCCCUCCCCGCGCUCUUCUUCCCCCGCUACUUGUCGCCGCCGGCUUCACCUACGGCUACUGCUACAAGAGAAGAACCCACAAAAAAGGCCAAUGGAGCGAGUAGCUUCUGGCGGUCGCUGAGGUCGUUGUUCAGGAACCCGGCCUACGUGUUCCGGCUCGUGUACUGGCUACUGGCGAGCAACGCGACCCUGGGCCACUCCAUGAUGAGCUCCAAGUACGUCGAGGUCCAAUUCAGGACGUCCGCCUCCCAGGCAAGCUUUCUCAUCGGUCCCGUACUUAUGGUAACCAACGUGCUGGGACUGGGCAUGGGCGGCUUGGCGCUGCACGCCUUCAGGCCCAGGCCUCGUCUUGUGACGCUGUACACGACGCUCUGCGACGUGGUCAAGCUGGCCUGUCUCGUAGCCUGCGCCUUCAUAGGCUGCGAAGCCAUCCGGCUUGCUGGCACCGUCAGCACCGUCUCCGGCCACGGGUCGUCGAUACAGACGGCUUGUAGCCAGAACUGCAGUUGCGUCACCAGGCACUUCCAGCCUGUAUGCGACCCUGUCAAUCAAAAGGUUUUCUUCUCGCCUUGCCACGCAGGCUGCACCAAGAUAUAUGCAGCAGAGCCAGGUGAGGUGACCCUCAACGAAUGCUCGUGCUUUCCAAGGCCACCUUUACAGCAGGAACACCAGGAAGCAGACCAUUGGACGCCGUACUUGGGAUUGUGCACCGGUGACACGUGCGGCAAUGUGCUGACGUUCAUUGCGUUGUCGUCUGUUGUCGGCUUCAUCGUCCGCACUACAACCGUGGGACACACGAUUGUCGGGCUCAGGUGUAUUUCUCGCGAGGAGAAGGCCAUGGCGCUGGGCGUCCAAGAAGGCUUGAGCAGCAUCUUUACUUAUAUUCCGUACCCGAUACUCUACGGGGCUGUCUUCGACUCUGCCUGCCUCGUGUGGGAGGACAAGUGCGGCGCGCCGGGUGUCUGCUGGCUCUACGACACGGACCGGCUGCGCUACGCCUACCACUUCUUGUCAGUCGCCAUAUUGCUCGUUGCUGUCGUCUUCGAGGUGGGCCUCGUGUACCACAGCGGCCGCAUGUCCGGCUUCUACUCGGACGCGGCUGUUCCGGCUUCGCGGCGAGAUAAAAUUCCCGCAGUGGUCGUGGACGGUUCCGAGGGUGCGGCUCUAGUCGAGUUGCAGAAGACAAAGAGUGGAACGAAAGGUGAAGAAGCGGAAGCAGGGAGUGGAGAAAAGGAGGACGAAGACCUCCUGAGUGCGGAAGACCGUCAGACAUCGUGCGGGGGCUGUAAGCAGGAAUCAAAAGAGCAAACGUCGGUGUGCUAAAUAACUAUCUCGUGCCAUAAUCAAGGAUGUAUUCGGUGAUGUCGGGACGCGCACACAUUUGCCAGUGAAUGGGACCAGUGGAGCUCUACUCGGACGAACUGCCCAGGCCAACGGUGGCAGCGAGCAUUGGCCUUGUGUGUUGUGUCCAGCGUGCGGCUCCGUACAGCCUCGAGGCUGUUUGGUUCAGCAGAAACGUCUCAGAUCCGUUUCUGGGCUGCGCACUGCGCCUGCUUGUAACUUAUGUGCCAUUUACUCGUGGCUUGCUUUUGAGCAUCCAUGACAAAUUAUUCUAGAGCCCAAUCCAGCGGGGCCUUCUCGACAAAAGCUGUUGACUGGUCAUUCAAUUGUGCAGAGAAAUGCCGGCCUUGCCACCAUGAGAGGAAACACCGUUAGGGCGGUAUCGUGUGCUCGCGUGCCUUGUCUGCACAGUCUUGUGUUGUGCCUUGUGAUAUAAGUAGCUAACGCCGCUCGUGCUACUUGCAAGUCGGAGAACACCCGGUAUUCUGUGGUGCUACGAGCCCAACAUGUCUUUUCUGCGAGUGUUGCUUUAAGGCUGUCUGCUUGAUGUCACACUUCGCGUGUGAGGUAAGCCAAAUAAGUUAUAUGUGUACGUCGUAUGUGCACACUGAAGAUACCACUGAAACCACCACAAGAGUCUGCUGGCAGGCUAUUAUAUAUUGUGUGACAUGUUUACACAUAUCGUGCACAGCGAACACAGACUACGGACUUCUCUUCCCUCAACCAGUAGUUUGUGCGCGCAGUAGAGCGCGUGAAACCAGAGACUGUUUAAGUCCAUCAUAUCAGUUGCCUUCAUUCAUUUCUGCCAAUGCAGCGAUUUGAGUUAGAGUAUUUCGACGGUAAUUGUAAUUACGCGCGUGGCAUUUGUAUGCACUGUCCCUGCCUGUGCCAGAGCGGUAUGCAUCUGUAGUAAUGUGCCUCACUUAGCUUAGAGUACCAUAGGUACAAAAUAGCCUUAAGCAUUUUCAUGUGCCUUAAUUGCAACGUUCUGGGUCACAAAGCGAGACAUAUCGGUUGGAACCGUAUACAGGAAUGUUUGCUAAAAAGAAAGACAUUUUGCUAUU